CAGCUGCCCGUCCAGCCGCUCCACUCUACAGUCGCGGCCUUUGUCUGGAAACAUCACACAUGAGACAUGAGUCUUUUUCUCUAUACGUUGGUUUCAUUGCAGCCGUUUGCGAUGACCUUUUCUCUGAUCGUCCUUCUGUCUGGUCUGGAGGAGUCAGCGCGGUCCGUGGGGUGUGCAAACGCCAGCGAGUCGUCUCUCCUUGAGAUUUAUUCCAACGAGGGCGGUCGUGACCUUGGCCCGGCACAGUGUUGUGCUCUCUGCCUGAAUAAUGGCAGCCACACGCUUCAUGGGCCUGUCUUCACUGACUGCCUCAAUGCAUCAUCCAGUGGAGAAUCAAGGGAUGUCAGAGAAGAGGGUGAAAGACAACUACUACGUCUAGUUCAGGCUGGAGAGACCUUUGUUGUGGAAGUCCAUGGAAACCUGAGUGGAAGCCCCCACCAGCCCGCAGGGAUGGGAGAACACAACCUCCCCUCUAUCAUAGUCCACUUCAUGGACACGAGAAGUCACAGUUCACAUCUUGGCGACGUGUUGGGUGAUGGUUCCUUUGUUGUGGCAUCUGACUGGAUUAUUGAAACUCUGAGUAAAUAUGAGAUCAACGUCCGUGUGCCCAACACUCCCUCCACGCCCUCCUCCACCCUCCACCUCCUUGUUGCUCCUGACGACCUGAUGAUCUCUGUGCUCCGUGGGCCUCUGGGCGUCCUGUCCUGUGAACCCUUCAUGCAGAGAGACUCAGCAACAUUCCCGCGUGACCCCAUCACACUGCAGGUGCAAAGGUCAGAGGGAGACAAGGACUCAGGGGGUGGGAGGUCAUGCAGGACGGUUAGCUUCACCCGAGUCGAGUGUCUCAAAAGCACUGUGGCAGCUGUGCGUCCUGCGGUCUGUGAUCUUAACGUGAGCGUUUCAGAGACUCAUCUGUCUGUGUACGCGGAGCUGUUCACCGCCACGAGCCAUAUGCUGGUUCUCAACCUUACUCUAAAAGCCACGUAUACCCAGAAUCAGCAGAGCAGUGCAGGUCUGAGCAACGAAGGAGAGGGCGAUAACAGCUGCAUGGAUGGAAAUAAUGAAAUGAAAAAUAAAUCAAACACAGAUAUUAAUAACAGUGAAGCAAGUACCAGUGGGUGUUAUAAUGUGACGGUGCAGGUGUUCGACCCAGUCAGCCGGACCUUAUUGCAAACAUACAUCCUCGUCCAAGAUUCAACUGGAAAACUGGUGUUAAACACGUCCAGUGUGAUAUCAACAAAGCAGAAGCUGGAGUUGCUUUUUAGCACAACAGCAGAGUCAGACGUGACUGUUUCUACGCCAGCGAAGCCGACGUUACUGUCCAGAACCGGCAGCUACAGCAGAGGACAGGACGCAGCAGCGGUGGUUUGGCUUUUUAACCAAACCGGAACAGCUGCGGUCGAGCUUCGAGCUGCGAAUGGAGUGUUUACUCAGAACAAAAGCACGAGAGUGUGUAUAGAGGGGAACAGGAAGCAGCCACCGCAAGUUAAAGUGAAUCCAAACUGGCAACCGCCCACCAGCGUGCUUCUCGGCCCGACUGACACUGUGAGGAUUUACGCAGCCAGAGACGUUUAUCCCACCGACGCAGAUGUGAUCCUAGCGGCUGAGGCGGAUGUGCCCGACCCUGUGGAGUUCACCUGGCACUUUGGAGACUCCACAUCAGCCAGGGCAACCUCCAGGACCGUCACCAAGCGGUACAGCAAACCUGGCAGGUUCGAGGUGGUUGCCGCCAUGUCUGCUGGUCGGACGUCCGUCACCUCCAACGCGUUCCGGCUGGAAAUCCAGAGAGCGGUGAAGCUCAACAGGCUCGUCCACCGGGCCUCGGUCCUGCAGAACCGCACGGUGGCGGUGAGCUGUCGGGUCAGCGCCGGGACCAACCUCACUUUCCUCUGGAGCUUUGGAGACGGCUCGUCCAGGCUCGGACAGAGCACAGAGCAUCACGUCUUCCACAGAACAGGGGAGUUCAGACUCAGCGUGGCCGUGUCCAACCUGGUCAGCUCUGCCUCUUUGAGCAGCCACAUCUUCGUGGUGGACCGGCCCUGCCAGCCUCCCCCCGUCAAAAACAUGGGCCCUCUGCAGAUACAGGUGUGGAGACACGAGCCCGUUCACCUGGGGGUCACCUACGAGGACGAGCUGGACUGUGCUGUGAUGGGCGGCCUGCGUUACGCCUGGACCCUGGUGGACUCUGCAGGGCACAGCCUCCCUUUGCCCUUCGUCCACACACACGGACAGAGCCUCAUCCUCCCAGCUCGCCUCCUGCACUACGGCGCCUACGUGGCCAUAGCCAGGGUGCAGGUUGUUGGCAGUGUGGUUUACAGUAACUACAGCGUGAGGGUGAAGGUGGUGCCCAGUCCUCCUGUAGCUUUCAUCCAGGGUGGCACCAACGUUUUCAUCCGCAGCCGGAGCGUCGCCAUGGUUACCCUGGACGGGCGGAGGUCCUACGACCCUGACUUCCCUUUGAAACCACUCGGCUACAGCUGGACAUGUCAACCAGUCAGCUCCAUCACCGGCUCCUGCUUCAGCCGGCACGUUCCUGCGUCCUCGCCCGUGCUCACGCUCCCCGUGGCUUCCCUGAAGCACCACUUUGACCAGUUCCGCUUCACGCUCACCGUCCACAGCGGAGACGGCGAGCGCUCGGCUUCUUCAGACGUCUUCCUCACAAUGACCCCCGGCGUGCUCGGGAAGGUGUCGCUUCAUUUGCCUGAGAGCCGAGGAGGAGCCCGGGUGAACUGGGACCAGGAGUUCUCUGUCAGAGCCUGGUGUGAGGACUGCAACGCUCCUCCAGACAUUAUCCAGUUCACCUGGAGCCUGUACAUGGUCAACGCUUCCUCCAGGCCUGUCACUGAGGUCCCUUUUUGUGAUGCUGUGGACCUCAGCCUUCCAUCCACCGUCUUCGAGGGUCCUUCUGCAGCAGACCCCCUUGACUCAACUCCUGUCCUCCUGAGGGUCAUCACCUCUACAGCUGGAACCAAGCAGCAAGGAGAGGAGUUUCUUUAUCGCUCUUUGGAGGAGUCCGGUCCUUCAGAGUCCACUGACUUUCCAGGACUUGCCCUUGACAACAGUGACGUUCUAUAUUUAGACCACUUAAGCGAUGUUUUCAGUGAAUUCCCAAAUGAGUGGGAUUCCUCUGCUGACUGGGGCGCCUCCUUCCCUGUUCUGGAGGCCGAGGAUGCGAGAGCUCGACUAGGUGAGAAAAGAAAACUGAGCGGAAAUCUGAGGGCUGUGAUUAUUUUAGUAGUUUGUAAAAGUAGCUCCUUUAUGAAUUCAGACUAUGAUGCUCCCUUGGCAAGCGUUGAGGAGGGAGACCCGGGACCUUCAGCAGGAAGACCCACGGGAGUGGAUGGUGAGACCUUCGCCGCAGGAGAGGAGUCGGAGGUGCAUGAAGAUGAGUGGAGUCAUUUGGUGGAUUCUAGACCCUCAGUGGUGACCCAGGAACACACGUUGCUUGACUUGCCCCGAGACCCAGUAGAUGUUGGUCUGUUUGAGUCCUACACCUACGCAGGAAGGUCCUCGUCUCUAUUAAGCUUCAGACCCUUCAGUCUGAGGCCGGGGAGCAGAUACAUGCUGGAGGUCACUGCUGAAUCUCACAAUAACCUCUUGGGACGGACUCAGUUGUUCUUAAAAACCCGGGCCGCUCCAACGGGCGUGAUGUGCCAGGUGCAGCCGGCCAAAGGAGUGGAGUUACACACACAUUUCAGCAUCUUCUGCGCCUCGGGGAGAGAGGAUUUAGUGUACGAGUACAGCUUCAGCGUUGGAGGCCGCUCACCAAGGACACUGUACCAGGGCAGAGACUUCCAGUACUACUUCAGGCUUCCUUCAGGUGACCCCAGAGACCACUAUAAAGUGACUGUUUAUACUGAAGUCAGAGGUGCGAAUGGGGCAGCAACUAAACCCUGUCCUGUUACUGUCCAAGUCCAACCAAGCGUCCAUAGAGAGUCGUCUUCUCAUCACGAUCCUGCUCUAGAGCUCUCAGCAUCAGGUCUGAGGAACCUGUCGGCUCUGGUGCAGCUUGGGAACAGCAUGGAGAUCCGUAACUAUGUCAGUCUCCUCUCCAGCAUUCUGAACAGACUCAGCCCGGACACGGAGCCCAACACACACACACAGACACGCACACGCAGUGCGCUCAUUGGCACGCUGUGUGAGCUGGAGAGCAGGGAUCAGCAAUCAAUGGAGGACAACAUCCGAGUUCUCACAGAUGUUGUGAAAAUUAUAAAUCAGGUUUCUUAUGUGAGCGCCAGACGGGUCGUCCUUCAUAUUCAGACUAUAUCAGACCUGUUUCUGGAGUCCAGCGCUCCAGUCCAGUAUAAUCUGGACUACAAGACACUCAGCAGCCUGAUCACGCUGCUCUCAUACACGCUGCAGACUGCUAUCAACAGUCCGCACUCAUCCAAGGGUGUCGUCAUUACACAGGCACUGGAUUCAGAUUUGAGAGGACCUACUGCUGCUCCUGGUGCCUUUAAAGUGCACCAGCUGGCAGCCGAUAUUCACCAAGCUGCUUCAGACCUGAUGCUGAAGUACAUUGUUUUCCACGAGGCUCCGGAGCACAGGGUCAGCACCCGUUUCAUUAGCCUGUAUGCUACAAAGCGAAGCUCCACAGUCAUCAGCAGUGGCUCGACCACCGUCUACGUCCCGGCUUCUCUGACUGAGCAACUGUUUAAUGGUAUCAGAGGGGAGAGUGAGAUGAAGCAGCGGGCACCUUGUCUCCUCAGCGUGCUGACGGAGUUCCCCCGCAGCCCCUUCACCCUGCCCCCCGAUGCUACGAAGCUGAGUGGACCAGUCGUCAGCCUCAACCUGUACACGUGUGGCACAAGGAGAAAGAUCCACAUUCGUUCCUUGACUCAGCCGGUCGACAUCGAGCUGCAGCAUCCACAAAGAAAUAUGAGCUCUGUGGGAGAGUACGUCCUCCACCACAACCGGAUCAACUACCACAGUUUCAACAUUACCCAGGAGCACUUGCAGCGGGCCAUCCAGUUCAGUGUGUCGUUUAAGCCGCUGUCCAGCACAGCGUUUCCAGUGAUGCUGCUCUUCAGGAUGUUUGACAGGCCCACUCCCAGCAUGCACCACCUGAACAGGACUCACCGCUGGGAGGGCAACACCACACGCAUCACUCUGCCCCCCUCUUAUCUCAGUGCUGCAGGUAUGGGCUACCUGGCCCUGCUGAAUGCUGGGAAAGCACCAAAACACAGGCACCUGAGGGAACAGAUCAGCUACAGUCUCGCCGUGGACAGCAGCCUGUGUUUGUCCUGGGACGACCAGCAGGGGUCCUGGACACGCCGCGGCUGCAGAACCCAGCAAGCAGACGCGGGUCCCACAGUCGGCUGCAGUUGCCACCAGCUGCAGCCGCUGACUGUGGUGCAGCAGCAUCUAGAGGGCAGCCAUGACUCAGCCGACCUGGGCCCGUUCAUAAGCGUGUCCGGGGACCCGACUCUGCCCGCUGUGCUGCUGCUGGCUGUGUGCCUGUACGUGCUGGGCUUGGCGCCGUGCAGGAGAGCCGACGCCAUCGCCGAGCAGAGCCAACAGGUCCGCCCUCUUCCCGAUAACUCUCCGUCUGACCCACACCACUACGCCGUCACCGUGCACACCGGCCUCAGCUCUGCGGCCUGUAUGAGUGCAAAGGUUUAUAUAGUGCUCUAUGGUGAAGAUGGGCGGUCACAGACGAGAGAAAUACAGGUCCCAGGAUGCACUCUGUUUAGGAGGAACUCUCAGGAUACAUUUGUACUCAGUACAGCAGCCAGCCUGGGCCCAGUGUGGGGGGUUCACAUCUGGCACGACAACUCUGGACCCUCCCCGGACUGGUACCUCAGUCGAGUGGAGGUGUCUGAGGUGGAGCGAGAACAGGGGAAAGGGCGCUCGUGGCUUUUCGUCGGCCGGUGCUGGUUAACCGUGAGCAAAGGUGACGGCCAAGUGGAGCGAAUGCUGCGUGUCUGCACUGGGGGGAUGAGCUUUGCUGAGAUGUUGCGUCUGAAGCUUCCUGACUACUUGGCUGACCUCCACAUCUGGAUAUCUGUGUUGUGCUGCCCCUGUCCUCACCCGUUCACCCUCACCCAGAGGCUCACUGUGUGCCUGCUGCUGCUGCUGGGCUACUCGUGUGUGAACGCAGUCAUCGUAUCCCAAAUGGACAAUCAGUUGCCAUUCGAGUUGGGAGCGACGGACGUGUCGGCUGUCUCUGUGACGACAGGAGUGUUAAGCGUGUUGGCAGUGUUGCCCGUGGCAACAGCGGUGUCUUUUCUGUUUCGGUGGCGUGAGGGAUCAGGAGCGAAACGUCCAAAGCGCGGAAAGACUGAAAAGGACUAUUUUGAAGAUGACGCAUCAGUAAACAACAUUAUACCAGAGUCCCAUUCCUCCUGCACUGGGGAAGCGUGGAUAAGGAAACUCCAGGGCACAAACCAGACGUCAGUGUCUACUAGGAUCCUGGAAAACAAAGAAUCUGCAUUUCAGGCAGAUGAGCCGUUAAGAAAGGCAGAUGCUCUAACAAGUGGACUCUGUACGGGACCAGUGCUUCAAAAUGUGUUGGCGAUUCCUGAGGAGAAACGUUUGGAAGACGAUACAGAGUUAAAAAUGCGCACAAGAAAUGAAAAUCACAAGGCGAAAGAUUCCAGAGAUGAAGAAAUCUGGAGUUCUGGUCACGGCAUCAUCAGCAAAGGGGGGAAACCAUCCCAGUGGUGUCGCUGCUUGGCCUGGACCCUGUGCCUGCUGUUGUCGCUCUCCUGCCUGCUCGUCUCUGCCGUCCUGGGGACGAGGUUCAGCAGCAGCAAGGCUCUGCUUUGGAUCCACUCGCUUUUCGUUUCACUGACGUCUUGCAUCUUCUUCAUCCAGCCAGUCAUGACCCUCGUGGUGGCAGUGACGGCCUCCUUGUGGUACAGAACAGCACCAGACUUCCAUAGUUUCUCCUGCAUCACAGAGCUUGAACUAGAGGCUUUGAAACUGCACAGCUGCCGCGAUGCUUUCGGGACAAAAGAGCAGUUUAGCUCCUCAGCUCUCCCCCAGGAACACUGUCCAUAUUUUGAGGAGCUGCUCAGAGCUCGUCGGCGAGCUCGCUACCUGCGUCUCGUGCGCCCACCGACUCCGGCACAGCUGAAGAAAACCCGUGGGAAGAGAAGAAGAGAGGCUCUCAUGUGCGACGCCCUCAGAGAUUUGUCUGUCUGCGUCUCCAUGCUUCUCCUGAUGCUCUGUAUAACGUACGGCAGCUCCUUCCAUGACCAUUAUCACCUCAACAAGCUGGUCAGGAGGCGGUUUGUAAGGCACCAUGACAAUGAGUUGAUAUUGAUACAAAAGCCUGAGGACUGGUGGACCUGGAUGCAGAGCAAUUUGCUGAGCGAGCUGUACAAGAACGUCUCAGCCAAGACUGAGCAACCGUGCAUCUUGUUUGGAGAGCCCGUCGUGUGGAAGAUGGAGGCGUCCUGCUCAAUUCAGGGCCAGGUCUCUGGAGUGAACAUUGGGCCUGAAUGGCUUCACUCAUUCCUGUCAAGAAGCAGAACGCUAACUUAUUUAAACUCUAAUCUGGAGGUUUCUAAGGCGACGUCCCCGAGCACGUGUGGCCUCCUGAACUGCCACUCCGUUGGACUGGGCCAAACCAAGUCGGAUGCUGCAUCCAGACUGAGGCGCCUGCAUUCAGACGGCUGGCUGAACGAGCGCACACUGGCCCUGAAGGUCCAGUUCACCCUGUACAGCCCUGCAGCCAACCUCUUCACCAGUGUGAUGCUGGUCACGGGGCGGCGCCUCGCUGGCGUCCUCCGGCCCUCCGCCAACGUCCAGUCGGUUACGGUGUACCGCACUCCCGCUGCGUGCGACUAUGCUGCUAUGAUAUGUCAGCUCGUCUUCCUCCUCUUGUCCCUGCUGCAGCUUUGUCGUCAGGUGAAGAUUGUGACGCAGCAAGGGCUGAUGGGAUACUGUAGGACACCGUUCCACUGGCUGGAAAUCGCUCUGCUGACGGUGACGCUGCUGCACUACGUUUAUUACAUCCAUCGCUCUGUUCUCACCAUGGAAGCUGCAGAGCAGCUGCAGAGACGCAGCUACGCCGGAUGUGUGGAUGUCAACUCCUUGGCUGCCUGCGAACACGACGUUCGCACCUUGCAUGGCCUUACUCUCUUCCUUCUCACCAUGAAGUGUGUGGCCCUGCUGAGGGUGAGCAGAACCACAGCGUCCUCUGCUGCUCUCAUCAGUCACUCUCUCUCCAGCCUCUUUUGGCCACUGAUUUCAGGUCUGAUCCCUCUGGUGGCACUUUCCUGUGUAGGGAAUCUGCUGUUUGCUCAGAACUCCUCCUUCAACUCCAUCCCUCGCUCCCUUCGGACCCUGCUGCUCUGCUGCUGGGGUCCCAGGCCUGUUAGAAGCCUCCUCCUGUCUGGAUACGAGCUCAUUUACGUUGGUGGUCUCUAUCUGUGCUCCACUAUAGUGUGGACAGCAGUGAUGAGGAGUAUUGUGUCCUCAAUAGUCAGAAGGUCCAGAAGGUCUCUGAGUGGAAGGACACUAUUCUUCACUGUAGCAGAGUUAGCCAGCAGCACCAGGCAGAAGUUUUCUGAGAUUGUUUUGCAGCAAAGGCCAACAUGGACAGAAAACCACAUGGGGGGAAGGACUUAUUACCUUGAAGAGUUUGAGGGUUUAGUAGAUGAACUGUUGCUGAGACUCAACACCCUCUCCAACAACCUGCACCAUGAAACCCAGUGCUACAUGGAGGAAGAUCCUGUUGUCUCACCUGUACAGCCACUUUCCAGUGUGUACGCAUGGGACUUUGCAAGAUUAGAAAUGAUAGAUGAGACAAAAAUGACCCAUCACACAGAUGCUAUUUCCCAUGGAAAAAACAUGUCUGCAUCUCACCUGCUCAGGUUGAAAUUAGAACUGGAGCUAUUGCAGCUCCUGCAACAGGGAAAUCAAAACAAGAGCACUAGGGCCCCUCGUACAAAGCUAGUGGUGGAGGCUCUGGUCCACGAGGAGCAUGAAGCUGUAGCAUCACCAGAAAAGUUGAAACCUUGCGAAGAAGACUGAUGGGAAACUAAAAAAAACUAAACGCCUCUGUGAAAUGAUUCCUUGCUUUAAUUUUGUCUGUGUCCUAUUUGCUGUCUGAAUAAGGAUCAACACCAAAUAAAUGCUUCAGAUAUGGUUCAAAUGAAUAUUCAUUUGUUUGAGGUGUAUAGAGUUGCACUGAAAAUAAAGUCAUUAAAGUUUAGUCAUCAAAAGAUCCUUGUGACAAGUCACACUAACAGUACAAAGACAAUAUAUCAGGAACCAAU